AUGAAUCGAUGUGAGGAUCUUAAGGAACGUGUUCACGUUUUGCAGCAAGAGCUUGAAAAGAAACGUUUGCUUCUUCAGAGAGCUGAGAAGAAAUUAAAGUCUACUUUAAUCACCCAGCCGAGUAUUUUGUUGCCUGUAGCAGAAGAAACAUCUGAAAUAAUUUCGGAAGGUUCUGAAAUUACUAGUGUGAAACUAUUCGAAUUAAGUGAAUCACCAGUGCAAAGUGUACUUAUUCAACCUACCAGUGAAGAGUGUUGCAGACACAUAACUCUAUGUGUUUUAGGAUCCUGUAUUCUUUUAUCGAAUUCUCUGUUAAUUACUUUGUAUGACUCUAAUCAUAUGCUCACUUUGUAUAGUGUAUCACUUUGUAACUAUGAAUCACGGUUAUUGUGGGAAAGAAAGCUGUUUGUCUCCGAAGUGACACUGUUGGAAAUUAUUAUACCUCCAGGUAGCUCCGGUAAAGAAACUGUUCAUAUAGGCGUCUUAUUGGCUGAAAAACAUUCACCAAAAAGCUUACCAGUCCUAUUGCUAUCAUUAUUCAUGUUUUCUAUCCCAAUUGUUAUCAGUUUUACAGCCGAUAAUCAUUUAACUCACCUAUGCCUUACGGAUGUACAAACAGUCCCAGUGAUAAAUACGAAUUUCAAUAUAGAUCGUACGUGUUCUUCGGGAAUUGUGUACGAAUUUUAUGUCAAUCGUAAAAGUGAUCUAAUGUUUGUGUUAUAUGUUCCUGAUAUGCUUUCAUACACCAUUCACCAGUUAUCAUAUGAUGGGAAAUUAUGUUUAGUUCCUCUGUUGUGUCGCUGUGACUCAAUGGAUGCACCUAAGCCAAAUUUCAACUCUUGGUUUACUGCAUUAAGUCAUUGUUCAGGAAAACCUACAUCAUUAUCACAGUCGGUUUGUAUUCUAGGCAUUCAUUUCAAUCCAUCAUCAGCCGAACUUGUUGGUUGUCUCAUGCGCACAAACGACAGUGGGAAACACAUUGUGGGUGA